AUGCUGAAGAAGCAGUCUGCAGGGCUGGUGCUUUGGGGUGCGAUUCUUUUUGUGGCCUGGAACGCCCUGCUCCUCUUCUUCUUCUGGGCCAGACCCUUGCCUGGUGGCCCAUCAUCUGAGGACCCCUUUGCCGAUGACCCUGCUGGCCUUACCCGACGAGUGAUCCGUCUGGCUCAGGAGGCUGAGAUAGAGCUGGAGCGACAGCAGGUGCUGCUACAACAGAUUCAGAAGCAUAGUGCACUGUGGAACCAGAGGCAGCGGGCAGCCACUGUAGGGCCUCCUGCUGUCUCCCACCCAACUGUAGCCCCUACAUUUGUCCUCCCCAUUUUAGUCAUUGCUUGUGAUCGCAGCACAGUCCGACGUUGCCUAGAUAAGCUUCUCCACUAUCGACCCUCACCUGAGCGUUUUCCCAUUAUUGUGAGCCAGGACUGUGGACACAAGGUGACGGCCCAGGUCAUUGCUUCAUAUGGCAAUGCCAUUAUGCACAUUAAACAACCUGACCUUAGCAGCAUACCUGUCCCAACAGAGCACCGAAAAUUCCAGGGUUAUUAUAAGAUUGCCCGACAUUACCGCUGGGCCUUGAGCCAGGUUUUCCGAACCUUUAAAUAUCAGGCAGCUGUGGUGGUGGAGGAUGAUCUGGAAGUGGCUCCAGACUUCUUUGAGUACUUUCAAGCAACAUAUCCACUCCUGAGGACUGAUCCAUCAUUGUGGUGUGUCUCAGCCUGGAAUGACAAUGGCAAAGAGCAGAUGGUGGAUGCCAAAAGGCCUGAUCUUCUCUAUCGAACCGAUUUUUUCCCAGGCCUUGGGUGGCUACUGUUGGCUGAACUAUGGGAUGAGCUAGAGCCCAAGUGGCCAAAGGCCUUUUGGGAUGACUGGAUGCGGCAGCCAGAGCAGCGUCGAGACCGAGCUUGCAUAAGGCCAGAGAUCUCUCGGACGAUGACCUUUGGUCGCAAGGGGGUGAGCCAAGGGCAAUUCUUUGACCAGCACCUCAAGUUCAUCAAGUUGAACCAGGGUUUUGUGUUCUUCACUCAACUGGACCUGUCCUAUCUGAAACAGGAAGCCUAUGAUCGGGACUUUUCUGCCCGAGUCUAUGCUGCCCCCCAAGUGCAAGUGGAGGAGCUAAAAAGCAACCAAAAACAGGAAUUAGGGGAGGUUCGGGUGCAGUACAAGGGACGGGACAGCUUCAGAGCCUUUGCUAAGGCCCUAGGUGUCAUGGAUGAUCUCAAGUCAGGUGUCCCCCGAGCUGGCUAUCGGGGCAUUGUGAGUUUUCUGUUCCGAGGCCGUCGGGUAUACUUGGCACCUCCACAAGAUUGGACUGGUUAUGACCCUAGCUGGAGUUAGCAGUGGCACCCACUCUCCAGUCCCCUGUGUGGAGAGAUGGAGAGUUAUCCAUAGCUGCAUUGUCCUUUUUGUGUGUUUUCUUAUCGGUUCCAUUUUCAUUUUUAUUUUUCCAAGUGGCAUUCGAGUGCAUUUUCUCUUCCUGGGGCAGGAGUGUAGGACACCUGGUUUAUUAUCCUGUCAGAAAUCUGAAAGCUUUCUUAGGGAAUAGUGGGCUCUGGGCAGGAGUUUUGUAAGAAAGAAACAAAUUCAGCCCUCUUCCCUCCAGAGGCUAGGACAUCUAGUCUUCUGUUCCAUUAGAUAGUUUGGGUUUCUUCAUGGAGAAUCUUAAGAAAGUUACAAUUUUCAGAGGUUUUUCUCCAAUUGGGACUUCUUCAUCAUGUACUGACUUGAAUUUUUUAACCCUUCAGUACUGUCCUUUCUAGUUAGGGUGCACUUCCCCUCUCUGGGCCUCAGAUUUCCUCAUCUAUAAAGUUGAUUUCACAGUCCUUCCAGCUCUAAAUCUAUGAUAGCAAAUUCCUACCCCUGUUCCUCCCACUUGCUCUAAUCUCUUUUUGUAAGGGCUUGGAUUGGGGACAUAUAUGUGUUUGUGGCCAAAACAAGAACAUACCCAAGGGAGACCAGGGAACGAAUUAUUAAAUUUUAGGUCUUUGACCUUUUACUCCCCCUCAUUUUCUUUGUUUUACCUAUGUGUAUGGUGUGCAUCAUAUAUUCUUAUCUGUGUUACCUUUUCUAUAUAUUUUUUGUUUUUCUUCCUGUUUCUCUUUCUAUAUUUCUAUUGUCUCAUUUUCUUCUUUCCCCUGAAGUUUAGUUAUUCCCAAAUCUGAGAAGAGAUGUUGAAGGAGGAAAAGCAAAAUCUCCCCAGUUCUCCACUCUCAGGACUAUGGGGAGAUUUUGGGAUGGGCUUGGGGUGGGGAAGAGUCCUCAGUUAAUGUUGAGGAAAUUCUUCCUUCUUCAAGGUGGCAGUCUCCAGCCUCACUCCCUGAACUUCAUUUUUCCUAGUUUCUUUAGGAGAAGGAUAUAGCUUACAAUGGAUGAUGGAAGAAUGGAAGAGUCUAGUCCUCUGUGCCUCUUCCAUUUUCCCUUGGGUCCAGUUCUAUUGAUGAUUCUGUGGUUUUCUUCCUUUCUGAGUGUGUGACUCUUCUGUUUUCCUUCUUCCCCACUGGUGGAAUCCUGAGGAGCAAGCAUGGUUAAUGCUAUUUAGUGGCCCCUCUUCCCAACUUGUGUAAUCUAUAUUCCCAGCACAGAUAGGGUAGGGUGUGCCUUCCUUCACUUCCAGUCCCUUUACUUCUGGGGAAAUAAGGGUAGUGAUGGUGGUUGAAUGAGGAAUUUGGUCAUUUAUAUAUUUUUUUUCCUGCCUGACCUCAACUUCAUGGAAAAAAAUUGAAGUUGCCUAAUUAUUUUCCAGAAUAAAAUAAAGAUUGUCAUUUGAAAACCUCCUGUCUCUCUGUCCUGGAGAAGGAUGGGGGUGAGAAGAAUAGCUAAGGGUGGUGGGGUUUUGGAAAGGAUGGGUAGAGUGAAGAGUGAAAAGCAAAGAAAGGAGUUAGGGGAAAAUGUGGCAGGAGAGGAGAAAGGAAAAGAAUGGAAUGAGAUAAAAUAUGAAGGGGGAAAAAUGAAGGGACUAUUGGGAAAAUGAGAGAAGAAAUGAGGGGAAAAAAGGCUAGGGGGAGAGCUCUUAGGAAUAGGAAAAGGAGGGUUGAAAUUCCCAAGAAUCCAGACUCCAUAUGUUUUGAAGGUUUGGAAAAGGAUAUUCUUAGAACUUUUAUAAAGAAGCCUUGAACUUAAUAAGCUGAAGGAAUCAAAAUGAGGGUGGUAACUUUGUUGUAAAAAGUAAUUUCCCUGACAGGAAGACUUCCAAAGAAACUUAAUAGAGGUAUUGGGGAGGAAAAUUCCCAGAAGGCUAAAUAGCUGGUCAUAAAUCAGGUGGAGGUGUCCUCAAGAAUACUGGGAGGCCUGGAACAAAAAGACUAGAGAAAAGCCUGAAGAAAUUUCCAGAAUUGGAAAGGGAUCAUGAAAAUGCUGGUUACGGAGGUUGUAUUUGGAGUGGGAAAUGAAUCAAUAAAAAGCAUUUAUUUUUUAA